UGUAGAGGAGCAGCAGCGGCGCGCGCCGCUGGCUUGACUCACGCCGUACGCUCAAGGGCACCUUGGAAACUCGCGCCCGCGCCUAUUCGCGACGGGAUAAAGGCGGCUCGGGAGGAAGUUCGGCGAGUUUUGUUUCCGACACUGAGGAAUGGCUGAAAUUGCAAGUGCUCUGUUGAGCGAAGUGGCGGAGCCACAGGGAACAUCCGGCAACAAGGUCACAGUUGUGGGGGUUGGUCAGGUUGGAAUGGCAUGUGCCUUCAGUAUACUGACUCAGCAUGUUGCAAGUGAAAUAGCACUGGUUGAUGUUGUUGCUGACAAACUGAAAGGUGAAAUGAUGGAUUUGCAGCACGGUCUUACUUUCAUGAAGACAGGAAAGAUUGUGGCUGGCACAGAUUAUGCUGUAACAGCAGGGUCAAGAUUGUGCAUUGUUACUGCUGGGGCUCGACAGAAAGAAGGAGAAUCACGGUUGGACUUGGUUCAACGUAACACAGAUAUUUUCAAAGGAAUCAUUCCAAACUUGGUGAAGCACAGUCCAAAUACCAUUUUGCUUGUUGUUAGUAAUCCAGUUGAUAUCCUAACAUAUGUUGCUUGGAAACUGAGUGGCCUUCCAAAGAAUCGUGUGAUUGGAUCUGGCACCAAUUUGGAUUCAUCUCGUUUCCGAUUCUUGAUGUCACAGAGAUUAAAUGUUGCUCCUGCCAGCUGUCAUGGGUGGAUAAUUGGAGAGCAUGGUGACACCAGUGUGCCUGUCUGGUCCGGUGUAAAUGUGGCAGGUGUAAGGUUGCGAGAUUUAAAUCCAAAUGUGGGGACUGUAGCUGAUAAAGAAAACUGGGAACAACUUCACCAACAAGUAGUUCAGAGUGCAUAUGAGGUCAUAAAACUAAAGGGUUAUACAUCAUGGGCUAUUGGGCUGAGUGUUGCGGCUUUAGCACAAAGCAUUUUGCGCAAUGCUCAUGUUGUUCAUGCUGUGUCAACACUGGUUAAUGGUUAUCAUGGUAUUUCCAAGGAUGUAUUUCUCUCUUUGCCAUGUGUGUUGGGAGAGAAUGGAGUUACACACAUAGUGAAACAGCCACUCACUGCAGAAGAAACCGCCAUGCUAAAUAAAUCUGCUGAUUUAAUGUUUGAUGUACAGACUGGUCUAAAAUGCUGAUGAAUUUUAUGGUGAAUUUGUCCUGCAUCAGCUGUCUGGACAGUGGUAUAUCUGUUCAAAGGUGAUGAAGAAUCCAUUGAAGUUGUUCUCAUCAUCAGAAUGAAAAUGGAACCUUUGGCUUGUUGCACCUGGCUGAUACACAGCUAACCCUGAAACAACACAAUUAUUUCAAUUUUCUAAGUUUCUUUUGCUUUGCAUUAGACCCCUUAGAGGAACUGCAAAUGUAAAUUUGAAGGGUUGCAUUAUAAGCACCAUGGUAUCUGAAAUAAUUUCAGUAUUGUAAGACAUGUAGUGGACUAUAUUUGUGUUUGCUCAUGAUUAUGUAGGUUUUUUAUUUAUUUUUUCAAAUUGUGAUGUAGUGUAGUUUAAGGUAAAAGUUGAUUUAGUAACAGUGAUAAACAUAAAAAAUAUCAGUAUAACUUUUGAAAUGAAAUUAAUUUAAAGAAUCCACAGUCAAUGUAGACCAUAAUGCUCUAAAAUCUUCUUGCUAUAAAUGCUAUUAAGAAACAUGAAGAGAAAAAAAUAUCUUCUUGUAGAGUAUUUAAAACUUUUCUCACUUCAAUAAAAUACUGUAGAACAUAAA